ACACUAAUUUCUGCUGCAGUGUCGACUCUGAGGUACAAGCAUUGUCCCAUUUCGGCGUCUGUACAUUUCCAGGAAGUUCUAGUUAACGCGGUGCAUUCAUUCAAUCCUGUGCAUUUACGUCCCGAUUUCAGCUAGUAGAUCGAUAGAUAGUUUAUAUAAUACUUUAUUAAAACUUGACACUCAAAAAUGCGCAGAAGGACAGACGGUCAAGAAGCCACUGGAGAUGCUAGGACAGACAAAAAGACUGACAGACAACAAUAUCGACCACAACAAGGGGCUAAAACGAGCAGGUGCUGGUCGACUGUUACCUCAGUUGGAAAAUGUCUCCUCCUCAUCAUCCUCAUCCCUCCCUUUCUGAACUAUGCAUCAUUGCAAAGAGAGGGCCAACUGUUACUGCCAGAAGAUGGUGAAAUUAUAGAUAUCGGUUUAGGUCAAAAGAUGCACCUGAUGUGCAAAGGACAAGGACAGCCAGUUGUCAUACUGGAUGCCCCCACUGGUAUGUCCUCUGACAUCUGGUUCCAUGUACAAGAGAACAUUGCACUGCUAACCAAGGUGUGCACCUAUGACAGAGUGGGACUGGGGUUCAGCAAAAGAGUCCUGCAGAAUGAAAGUACAGGGACGGAGAAAGUCUGGGGGAUGUCAACCACUGGACGAAUGGUGGACAACCUCCACCGCCUCAUCGGUUUAGCUGGUCUAGCCACGCCUCUCAUCCUGGUGGGGUCUGAACUGGGCACGCUCAACGCCAGGUUCUACAGCCAUAUCCAUGACGCGCAGGUGUUAGACCUUGUCCUUAUUGAUCCCAUUCCAGAGGACAUCUUUGAGGAGGACCAGUGGCAGAAGUACUGAGGGCUUAUUGCUGCUGGCCUAAAGAACAGUGAAACACAGCCUAAAGAACAGUGAAACACAGCCUAAAGAAGAGUGAAACCCAUCCUAAAGAAGAGUGUAACACAGCCUAAAGAACAGUGAAACACAGCCUAAAGAAGAGUGAAACACAGCCUAAAGAAGAGUGAAACCCAUCCUAAAGAAGAGUGAAACCCAUCCUAAAGAAGAGUGAAACACAGCCUAAAGAAGAGUGUAACACAGCCUAAAUAACAGUGUAACACAGCCUAAAGAACAGUGAAACCCAUCCUAAAGAACAGUGAAACCCAUCCUAAAGAAGAGUGAAACACAGCCUAAAGAAGAGUGAAACACAGCCUAAAGAAGAGUGAAACACAGCCUAAAGAAGAGUGAAACACAGCCUAAAGAAGAGUGAAACACAGCCUAAAGAAGAGUGAAACACAGCCUAAAGAAGAGUGAAACACAGCCUAAAGAAGAGUGAAACACAGCCUAAAGAAGAGUGAAACACAGCCUAAAGAAGAGUGAAACACAGCCUAAAGAAGAGUGAAACACAGCCUAAAGAAGAGUGAAACACAGCCUAAAGAAGAGUGAAACACAGCCUAAAGAAGAGUGAAACACAGCCUAAAGAAGAGUGAAACACAGCCUAAAGAAGAGUGAAACACAGCCUAAAGAAGAGUGAAACACAGCCUAAAGAAGAGUGAAACACAGCCUAAAGAACAGUGAAACACAGCCUAAAGAACAGUGAAACACAGCCUAAAGAACAGUGAAACACAGCCUAAAGAACAGUGAAACACAGCCUAAAGAACAGUGAAACACAGCCUAAAGAACAGUGAAACACAUCCUAAAGAACAGUGAAACACAUCCUAAAGAACAGUGAAACACAGCCUAAAGAACAGUGAAACACAGCCUAAAGAACAGUGAAACACAGCCUAAAGAACAGUGAAACACAGCCUAAAGAACAGUGAAACACAGCCUAAAGAACAGUGAAACACAGCCUAAAGAACAGUGAAACACAGCCUAAAGAACACUGAAACACAGCCUAAAGAACAGUGAAACACAGCCUAAAGAACAGUGAAACACAGCCUAAAGAACAGUGAAACACAGCCUAAAGAACAGUGAAACACAGCCUAAAGAACAGUGAAACACAUCCUAAAGAACAGUGAAACACAGCCUAAAGAACAGUGAAACACAGCCUAAAGAACAGUGAAACACAUCCUAAAGAACAGUGAAACACAUCCUAAAGAACAGUGAAACACAUCCCAAAGAACAGUGAAACACAUCCUAAAGAACAGUGAAACACAGCCUAAAGAACAGUGAAACACAUCCCAAAGAACAGUGAAACACAUCCCAAAGAACAGUGAAACACAGCCUAAAGAACAGUGAAACACAGCCUAAAGAACAGUGAAACACAGCCUAAAGAACAGUGAAACACAGCCUAAAGAACAGUGAAACACAGCCUAAACAGUGAAACACAGCCUAAAGAACAGUGAAACACAGCCUAAAGAACAGUGAAACACAGCCUAAAGAACAGUGAAACACAGCCCAAAGAACAGUGAAACACAGCCCAAAGAACAGUGAAACACAGCCUAAAGAACAGUGAAACACAGCCUAGCCUAGAGCUGUUUUCUAAUCAGACUCCAUUCUUUUCAGUAUUGAGAUUUCA